CCUGAGACUCUCAGGCCGUGAUAGAAGGCGCAUGCUUCAAAUGAGUGGAAAAGUUUUUCUCUUUAUCAGAUCAAGAAGAAAAAAAAACAGCUGCUACAUUCUGUUCAGUCCAGCUGACAUAUGAAACUAAUACACCUCUAACCUCAAACAUGACCGCAUUUCUGUUUCUUAUUCUUCAGGAUAUAAAAGUGUAAGUUUAACACAUUAAAACUAGAAAACAGUAAUAAUACUGAUGUCCUCGGUUAUUAAAAUAAGAAACUGAGUUAAAAAUGUUUUAAAUGACAAGCCCCUGAUGUGAGACAAACGUUGAACUGAAUAGGAAGUGACACCUUGCAAACCGCCUGCAAUGUUUUCAGCUUUGAGAGGAAACCACUGAUAGUCUGUGAAUCAUUUGUUCACAAAACGAGACAGAGAGGAACAAUGAUUUAAUAUGGAGAUCAAAAUGUAUUUACAGCUGUUUCUGAUGAUUACAGUUGCAGCAGCUGCAGGGCAACAAGCACCUGAGUUCCUGGUCAGAGUUGGUGAUGAAGUGACUUUGCCUUGUAAAGACGUGACUGAUGGUCAGAAUCAAUGUGACGGAACAACUUGGGUCUUCAUCUGUUCAAUGAAAACAGUGACGCUGUUUGAAGCUGGAAAGAUUAAUUUAACUACAUCAGACAGACUGAGUGUUACUGUUAACUGCUCUCUGGUCAUAAAGAAGGUCACCAUGGAGGAUGUUGGUCGUUACACCUGCAGGCAGUUAACAUCAGAACAACAAGGACCAAACUCUGUUUAUCUAACUGUUGUUCUCAUGACUGAACAGAAGAUCAAUAAUUCAUUCGUCUUAAGCUGCUCUGUGAUGGAUUAUGAAAUCCACAGACACACAGUGAAGUGGCUGCAUGAGGGGGAAGGAGAAACAUCCUCACAUAUAAAACCAUCACUGCCCUUCUAUCGUUCUGCUGCGGUACUGACAACUUCCCUUCAUCAAAACUCAGCAUUUUUUAACUCAACAAAAUGUAACGUCACAAAUAUCUCAAGUAAAGAAGUUCAGCUGUUCACCUUCAGUCACCAGUCUACAGAUCAUAAAACAGAUCAUAAAACAGGUGAGUGCAUAAUGGACAAUCCAAACUCAGAACAUCUGUAUACACUUCAUAAAUCUCACAACAACUUAGACUUAGACUUAGACUGA